AUGAGACGACGCAGAGAAUCUGUUGCUUCAGUUUAUCGGAAAACAACAAAAUUCUUAACAUCGAACACGGCUAACUUUCUUAAGAAAAAACCGAACAAUAAGAAAAAUCAGAUUCUAAUGGAAGUUGAAAACUGUGAUGACAAUGGCGGAGAAAAUGUAAACAACAUUGAUGAAGCUAAAACUGACGACGACGAUAUAGGAGAAAGAGACCUCGACUACUAUCUUGGGGUUAGAAAGAGAGAGAGCUAUUGGCGAGAUCCGGCUGGCAAAGAGCAGAUAAGGAAAGACUACCUUGUCUAUCAUUGUGGUAUCACUGAAGAGGAUUACGAUAAAAAUUACAAGAAAACGAUAGUUUCUAAAGUAUCGUAUGUUAUACAACCAAGAUUGAAGCAAGUACCAUUCAAGAUUCAUAGAAGGAGAAGAAGGAAUGGGGACACAAGGGAUGAUUCGUGGAGAGAGAAAACUGGGAUAUUCAAAUUAUUUAUGAGACGUGAUAGUGAAAAUUCUAUGUCAGAUAGUUACAGCGAAUGUGAUUCUAAUGAGGACAAGAUUCCUGAAAGACUACGGUCCACUAAUGAGGAUGAUAUGGAAGAUAUGAUGGGAUAUAUAAACGAGUUAGAUGCUUGUGGCUCUGGUGAUAAAGAUGAGGGCGUUCGGAUAAAAGAAGUGUCAGAAGGAAGACCAUGUGACAACUGUCCGGAGUUAUGCCCCGGAUUCAUACCACAUGCUUGGAGGCGCAUCACAGGCUCAGAUAAGGAGCCGGUGAAAGAGAGAAAGAUUCAAAAGUUCCCAUCGAGGGAGCGAAACUAUGCUGUGAAGAGGAAGUUUAACAAUAACAUGAGGUCUCACGUUAACUGCGAAAGUUGCGCGCGAGCCGCUGAGAAAGAAAACAGGUGA